UUCACAGCUCAGGGACAUCUGGCCACAGACGCGCUGUGCCGUGCGCCUGGCUCUGACAUCACAGCCACACUUACAGAUAUGGUAAUACCAGACUCUGCUGCAGUCUAGUCUUGAGACGGACGUGGACUCAAGCCACCAUCAACAUGUCCCACAGCUGGUCGGCAAAAGAGCACAAAAACGCUAACGCACCCACCGCCGCAGGUUUGAAACGUACGCGCAGUGACGGGGGGAACAAAGUAACGGUUGUGCUCGGUGCGCAAUGGGGGGACGAGGGCAAAGGAAAAGUGGUCGACCUUCUGGCCACGGAGGCAGAUAUUGUCUGCAGAUGUCAGGGUGGCAACAAUGCAGGACACACAGUGGUGGUGGAUGGUAAAGAAUAUGACUUCCACUUGCUCCCCAGUGGAAUCAUCAACCCCAAAAGCAUAUCACUUAUUGGUAAUGGUGUUGUUAUACAUCUUCCCGGCCUUUUUGAGGAGUGUGAAAAAAAUGAGAAAAAAGGACUGAGAGGCUGGGAGAAGAGGCUGAUAGUCUCUGACAGAGCCCAUAUUGUGUUCGACUUCCACCAGGUUGUUGAUGGUCUACAGGAAACUGAGCGACAAGCACAAGAAGGAAAGAAUAUUGGAACAACCAAGAAGGGCAUUGGACCUGCAUACUCCAGCAAAGCAUCUCGAACUGGAUUGCGCGUUUGUGACCUUCUGGGUGACUUUAAGGACUUCUCUACCAAGUUCAAGAAUCUUGUCCAUCAGUAUCAAAACAUGUACCCCUCCUUGGUGGUUGAUGUGGAGGACCAACUAAAAAAGCUCAAGGAAUACGCUGAAAGAUUGAGGCCAAUGGUUAGAGAUGGAGUCUAUUACAUGUAUGAAGCACUUCAUGGAUCUCCCAAGAAAAUUUUGGUUGAAGGGGCCAAUGCCGCUCUCCUUGACAUUGACUUUGGCACAUAUCCUUUUGUGACAUCAUCAAACUGCACUGUGGGCGGGGCCUGCACUGGCCUUGGCAUCCCUCCUCUCAAUAUUGGUGAUGUGUUUGGUGUUGCAAAGGCGUACACGACAAGAGUGGGAAUUGGAGCCUUCCCAACGGAACAACUUAACGCAAUAGGUGAUCUUCUGCAGUCAAGGGGUCAUGAAGUGGGCGUGACCACGGGACGGAAGCGUCGAUGUGGCUGGUUGGACCUUGUUAUUGUCAGAUAUGCUCACAUGAUAAAUGGCUUCACUGCCAUUGCCAUGACAAAACUUGACAUUUUAGAUGUGCUUGAUGAAAUCAAAGUGGGUGUUGCCUACAAACUAAAUGGGAAAAGAAUUCCCCACUUCCCUGCCAAUAUGGAUGUGUUGCAAAAAGUGGAGGUUGAAUAUGAAACUUUCCCCGGAUGGAAGACUGAUACAUCUGCAGCCAGAAAGUGGAGUGACCUCCCUGCAAAGGCACAGAACUACAUCCGAUUCAUCGAGAAUCAUAUUGGAGUACCAAUCAAAUGGGUUGGUGUUGGGAAGUCCAGAGAGUGCAUGAUCCAGAUGUUCUAGAAGGGGAAGACUUCACCAAACACAGACAAUAAAAUCUGAUGGGGAAACAUUUCUCAAGUCCUCUUUGUGAAUAGGCAAAACUUUCAGUUCUGCAAAUCUAUAGAUCAGGGGUGCCCAAGGGUGCCCAAAGUUGUUUUCCUUAUGACAGUUGGCACAUAAAAAUGUUCUUCUGCAAAGAAAGCAAAAGAAAAUUAAAUUCUGUCAACUAGACAAAAGAUUUUAGAGUGCAGACAUUUCGCUGCUCAUUCAAGCCGCAUCUUCAGUUCAGAAUCUUUUGCUAUGGAUACUACCUGGACGACUAAGGGAUUAUACUGACUCCUGAAGAAAACAAAUAACAUUUUUUUUUUUUUUUAAAGAAGAAGAAGAAAUGAGAUUAAAAUAGUAGACAGUAUUGACUCCCUUCCCAUCUCCUGAAAGUCUUUUUGAUACAAAAUUGAACUGAUUCUUAAAAUCUUAGAGCCUCCGUUGCAUUAAAUUGCCUCCGGGGGGCUGAUUCUUUAAUGAAUAUAUUUAGGCUAUGUGUCCAAAUAUUUGCUAAACUAAUGUUUAAGCACAUAAAUAGAUUUCUAAUUGUUUAAUUAGUUCACUUCAAGAAGAAAAUUUACAAAUAGCAUAAGCCUAUUUGAAAUGCACAAAACCAUUUAUGUCCAUAAUGUGGACAUUAGUGGCUAAAUGUUAUGUGUCUGUGCCAUCUAUUAUUUGAGCAACCAACUAACGAUCAGGUCAGACCUUUAGACAAAAGUGCAAUUAAGUGAGAGUUACAUUUUCCUCGGCUCUGAACGCAACCAUUCCCCGCCUUAAAAGUCAGGUGGUCUUAGCAUCAAUCGCGGAUUGGCUGGAGCUGUUCACGUGGUAAUAAAACCAUCUUCUGA